AGCUGAUUAUCUGUAAGGGGAUUAGAAGUACAGGAUGGUGAGUUAACAGGCACUUCAAAAUUGCUCUUCUCAGCUUCAAUAUUUGCUUUGUGCCAGAGCUCACCUUGCUCCGGGAUAGCGGGAGAUCAGCACGACAAUGGACUAGCAGCAGGUGUUAGAUUUCACUACCCAAGUGCUCUAAUGCUGGUCAUGUCAAGUUGUGGUCUGCAGUCAGGAGUGCCUAAAAUAUCUCUGUAAGCUGCUUAUGACACUCAGCGGGCAGCAGCCUCCUUCCUGCUCCAUCCUGCAGCUUUCAUUUAAAGAAAAGUCCACACUGAAGCCUGACCUCUGACCUCUGAACCUCUCGCACCUGUGUGGACUUCACAAUUGAGCCACCAUACCCCAUCUGCCUGAUGGUUCAUGACAGCAAGAUUCAAACACCUUAGUUUAGACUAGUUCUCAGAACUGUUUGUCCAAAGGGAAGUUUUUCUUAUUUCAAAGAGAUGAAAUGAAGGCCUGAUUGGAAACCAGUCAGAGUGCACACAGCCAGCUUCUAAAAAGCCUGAUUGCUCUGUGCCUUCGUCUUUACAUAUUCACGCUCACAUUUGAUUUACGAAACACACAUCUAAAGCACUGACAUGAUUGAUAUUUAUGAAAAGUGCAACCUUAAAUAUUUCAGUCGGUGGGGCUUUAGAAGCUUCAGCUGUGAGCAAAUGAAGUGAGAAUGAUGAAUUUGGUGGCUUAAAAUUAUAUUAAUUUGUAAACAAGUUUCAGUAUUGCAACAAAAAGGCAUAUGCACAAACAAUAUGCUGUCAUGUUGUUAUGUAGAACAUAAACUCUUUAGCUCAGACAGCCUGACAGUAGAUUGUUAUGCAGCACCUUGUGGUCAAAAGUGUUCAUGCACACUGAGGGUGGCCACCUUUUGGCCAUGUUAGCAGCUUCUUAGCCGUGAGUCACUCAGAAACCUGAGAACGGUCAUGGCAGUUGGGAAGGUGACAUUUACCAAGGUGGAGAGAGAGAAGCUAGCUGAGGUUCUCUGGCUGCUUAAUUGGAUUUCUGUAGUGACAGGAACUAUCCUCUUUGGCCUUGGCUUGUUCCUCAGAGUAGAGAUUCACAAAUGGCAAGAAGUGAUGUCGGAGCAGGGAAUCCUCUAUGUGCCACAUAUGCUGAUCACCACAGGACUAGCAGCCUGCUGCAUCAACUUUUUUGGUGGCAAGAUCUGCCUGGACUGUGCCGACACCAACAAGUUCCUGCGCUGGAAGCUGGUGAUGAUGCCGUACAUCAUAUGCACCUUCUUCUUCACCUCUUGCGUCCUGGCAGGGGCGCUCAUGUGCUACGGCAUUCGCAGCCAAAUGGAGGAAUCCCUGUUUAUGGGCCUGAGGAAUGCCAUGCGAUACUAUAAAGACACAGACACUCCGGGCCGCUGCAACCUGAAGAGAACUGUGGACCUACUGCAGAUCCAGUUCCAGUGCUGUGGGAACACAGGAUACCGAGACUGGUUCCAGAUCCAGUGGAUCAGCAGCCGCUACCUGGACAUGAGCAGCAGUGCUGUGGUAGAUCGUAUGAGGAGUAAUGUGGAGGGGAAGUACCUGAUGGAUGGUGUUCCCUUCAGCUGCUGCAGCACCUUCUCCCCUUGGCCCUGCAUCCAGCACCAUCUCAGCACCAGCUCGACCCAAGACGAGCAAAGCCAGCAGCUGAACCUGUGGAGGCGGGGCUGCCGACAGGCCCUGCUGGACCACUACACCGGCAUCAUGCAGUCGAUCGGCCUCACCGUGCUGCUCAUCUGGCUUUUUGAGCUGCUGGUUCUGACAGGUGUCCGUUAUCUGCAGACAGCCAUGGAGAACGUUCUCCGGCUGGGUGAUCCAGAGUCGGAAUCAGAUGGUUGGAUUUUGGAAAACAGCCUGGCAGAAACAGCCCGGUCCAACUUUAACAUUAUUAAGAACCUGGGAAAGUGUUACCAGGUCGACGACGACCCAAACAUCAACGUCCCGACUGCUGCUGCAGAGGAGGAACUGCCAUCACAGCAGGUCCAGGUCCUCGUGACCAGCUAGCCUCCAGCCUGUGGAGUCAUGGACAGCAGAUGGGAUGAGCUGUUCCAAAGAUGCUUUUGACUCGGGAUAGAAAUCACUUCAUUCUCCAGGAUGCAGAGUGAAUCAAGUGGAUCUGACACGUUUAGCUUCGUCCCAGAGACAAGAACAAAAACGUGAUUGUUUGAUCGAAACAAGUUUGGAACAGUGGCUAAACUUUACCUGCUGAGUCCUUAGAGCUCUCAGAUUUAUGGACCAACAAGGUCUUCUGCCUUCAGAUACGUGAGUUUGAAUAGGUUUUACCUUGAUGGGUUUACAGGUUUAUAAAUGAACUCUUUGUGAUGUUUUUUUAUAUGAUAAGAGGAGUUAUUUUUUAUACUUGAAGUAAAUUACAAAACCAUGAACUGGUACCUUUUGGUCUUUGAUUGCAUUUUUAAUUUUUACCAUUCUCCAAAGAAGUCUGAUCACUGUGAAAAAAAAUCAACAGCCCAUCAGUUAAAGCCUGAAAACAGUACAAAUACAGGGUGGGCCAUUUAUAUGGAUACACCGUAAUAAAAUGGGAAUGGUUGGUGAUGUUAAAGUACAUUAGUAUAUGUGAGGGGGGCAAACUCCUCAAGA